GUGAGGUUUGUUAUUCCAUGUGAAAUCUUUCAUUUAUUAAGCCGUUAUUUAUUGAAGCACCAUUGCAAAUGUACAGUACUGCCAAUAAUUACUGUGGUUACUGAACUAGAUAACACUGUAAUCAAGCAUGGUGCACACAAGUUUAGAUAAAAUUAUUGCUCUACAGCAAAACACAUCAAAUAUACGGAAUCUAUGCAUUUUAGCUCAUGUGGAUCAUGGUAAAACCACCCUUGCAGAUUGCUUGGUUGCCAGCAAUGGUAUUAUAUCAAAUCGAUUAGUAGGAAAGUUGAGGUAUCUGGACAGCAGAGAGGAUGAACAGAUAAGAGGAAUAACAAUGAAGUCUAGUGCAAUAUCAUUGCAUUAUGCUACUGGUGGAAAUGACUACCUCAUCAAUCUGAUCGAUUCUCCUGGUCAUGUGGACUUCUCCUCUGAAGUCUCUACUGCAGUUCGGUUAUGUGACGGGGCCAUUAUUAUUGUGGAUUCAGUGGAAGGAGUUUGUCCUCAGACGCAAGCAGUAUUACGACAAGCAUGGAUUGAAAACAUCCGGCCAGUGUUGGUGAUCAACAAAAUAGACCGAUUAAUUGUCGAACUGAAACUUACUCCACAAGAGGCCUAUAAGCAUCUUAAGAAAAUACUUGAACAGGUGAAUGCAGUGACAGCUUCUCUCUUUACCUCCAAAGUUUUGGAGGAACGGGCAGAGAAGGACACUGAGACGCAGGGGACCAGUGAGGGCAGCAGUGGGGAGCAGAUUUAUGACUGGAGUGCUGGUCUGGAGGAGACUGAUGAUUCUCACCUGUAUUUCUCACCUGACCAAGGCAAUGUGGUCUUUGCCAGUGCCAUUGAUGGAUGGGGCUUCAGAAUCCAACAGUUUGCACAGAUGUACUGUCAGAAAAUGGGGAUCAGGUCUGAGGUUUUGCUGAAGACACUGUGGGGAGAUUUUUACCUCAAUGCCAAGGCAAAGAAGAUCAUGAAGGGUGCUCAGGCCAAAGGGAAGAAGCCAUUGUUUGUUCAACUUGUCCUUGACAAUAUCUGGAAUUUAUAUGAAGCUGUCGUAAUCCGAAGGGACAAAGAGAAAGUGGAGAAGAUGGUGGCGUCUCUUGGCCUGAAGGUGGCCUCCAGAGACACACGACACUCUGACCCCAAAGUGCUCCUGAGCGCCAUCUGCAGUCAGUGGCUCCCCGUGUCCCACGCCGUGCUCACGAUGGUGUGCUUCAAACUGCCCAGUCCACUGGACAUGGAGGCCGAGAGGGUGGAGAAACUUAUGUGCGCUGGUGUGAGGAGGUUCGAGUCCCUUCCAGAAAAAACACAGGAGCUGAAAACCGCCUUUCUGGAAUGUAAGAAUGACGAGUCUGCUCCAGUCAUUGUGUUUGUGUCCAAAAUGUUUGCUGUCGACUCCAAGGCCCUGCCACAGAACAAGCAGAGACCGCUGACACAGGAGGAGAUUGCCCAGCGCCGAGAGGUUGCCAGACAGAAGCAUGCGGAGAGGCUCGCAGCCAAUCAGGGAGCUAACGAGGGAGCAGAGAACCCCGAGCCGGCCCCCACCAGACCUGCGCCACAGACUGUGCCCCCCUCCGGGGAGGGCUGCACAGGUGGCGAGGCUCCGGCGGGUCAAACGGAGGCUCUGGCUCCCAGGACCGAUCGGUCGGCGGAGGAGGGCAAAGAGCACUUCAUCGCCUUCGCCAGGGUGUUCAGCGGGGUCGUGAAGAGGGGACAGCCCGUGUUUGUGCUGGGCCCGAAGUUUGACCCGAGCCAAGCCCUAAAGACACUGCCAGAGGGGUGUUGUGCUGCAGACACUCUCCCCCCAGUCCCACACAUGGCCUGCUGCACCCUGGAGAGACUGUACCUGCUGAUGGGGAGGGAGCUAGAGGAGCUGAGUGAGGUCCCCCCAGGCAAUGUGCUGGGUAUUGGAGGGAUGGAGGAGUGGAUCCUGAAGUCCGCUACUGUGUCCUCAUCUCCAGCCUGUCCUCCCUUUACCCCGCUCAACUUCGAGGCCACGCCCAUCGUUCGUGUGGCCAUCGAACCCAAGCACCCAAGUGAGAUGCCCAAGUUGGUGAGAGGCAUGAAAUUGCUGAACCAGGCUGAUCCUUGUGUGGAAGUCCUCAUUCAGGAGACAGGGGAGCAUGUUCUGGUAACAGCCGGAGAGGUCCACCUCCAACGCUGCCUGGAUGACCUUCAGGAAAGAUUUGCAAAAAUACAGAUAAGUGCUUCCAAGCCAAUCAUUCCAUUUCGAGAGACAAUAAUCCGGCCGCCCAAAGUUGACAUGGUGAACGAAGACUUGGGCAAGCAGCAGAAGGUGGCAGUGAUCCACCAGGUGAAGGAGGACCAGGCCCGGGGUCCGGAGGGGGUCCAGGUGGACUCGGGUGGCCUGGUCACGCUCACCACCCCCAACAAACUGGCCACAGUCGGGGUCAGGGCCCUGCCGCUUCCUGCGGAAGCCACCACACUGCUGGAGGGGAACAGUGACCUCAUCCGAACAAUGGAGCAGUUCAACCUGUCCAUGAAGGAGGGCAGGCCUCUGGAGAUCAACCACAAAACUCUGGAGUCCAUCCAGGAGUUCAAGGAGAAGCUGGAGGCUCACUUGCAGGGGCGGAAGUGGAGGAACGCGGUCAGCCGCAUCUGGUCUUUCGGCCCACGGAGGUACGGGCCCAACCUUCUCCUGAACAACGUGGAGGGCUACCGGCGGCCGUCGGUGUGGCAGUGUCUGGAGCGGGAGAACCCCGAGGCGGGGGUGUACUGCGACUUCGACAGCAGCGUGGUCAGCGGCUUCCAGCUGGCCGCGCUCUCGGGCCCCAUGUGUGAGGAGCCCCUGAUGGGCGUCUGCUUCUCCGUGGAGAAGUGGGACAUGAAGCUCUCCCCGCAGCCUCCCCGCCAGGCCUCUGUGGAGGAGGACACGUCCCACAAUGCAGCGGGGUCCUCGGAAGCAGACGGCGCCGCGGCAGAGCUCCCCCCCGCGGCACGCGAGCCUGACCCCGCCCUGUCCGGGCCGAGCCGGCGGAAGAACGAGGCGGCGGUGCCGGACUGCUACGGGCCCAUCUCAGGACAGCUCAUUGCCGCCGUGAAAGAUGCCUGUCGGCACGCCUUCCAGGCCAGGCCCCAGCGCCUCAUGGCAGCCAUGUACACCUGUGACAUCAUGGCCACGGCCGACGUGCUCGGUCGUGUGUAUGGUGUCCUAUCCAAGAGGGAGGGCCGCGUGCUGGCGGAGGAGAUGAAGGAGGGCACGGAGAUGUUCAUCAUCAAGGCCGUGCUGCCCGUGGCCGAGAGCUUCGGCUUCGCAGACGAGAUCCGGAAACGCACCAGCGGCCUUGCCAGUCCACAGCUGGUGUUCAGCCACUGGGAGGUGAUCUCCAGCGACCCCUUCUGGGUGCCCACCACAGAAGAAGAGUACCUGCACUUCGGGGAGAAGGCCGACUCAGCCAACCAGGCCCUGAAGUACAUGAACGCCGUCCGCAAGCGCAAAGGUCUGUACGUGGAGGAGAAGAUCGUGGAGCACGCCGAGAAGCAGAGGACGCUGGGCAGGAACAAGUGAGCCCGGCCCUCCGGAGGACUCCGCUCUCGCCCUGUGUUUACAGGCGGGCCACUGGGCACAAGGCCGGUUGUAAUAAAGCCAUCGCAACACAAUGGACGUUCAUCACUGGCCCCUUAUUUAACAGUAUUUUGUUGAAAUAUUUAUGAAAUGUACAAAAUAGAUUUUUUUUCCCCCUCCUGGUUUUGCGGUAAUAGUUUUAGCAUUGAGGGUGCUGAUUGAUUUCCUUCUAAUUCCGAAAGCAGGCAGGUUCUACUUGCCUGCACAUCAACCAGCCAUCAGAUUGGAUUGACAUCUACGCUGCAGCUAACUCCAUCUGGGCACUGAGGAAUUUCCCCUGGCGCUGAAAAGCCGUUUUGAUUCUUUAAAUUUAUGCCGUACGUUUGGGACAUUUGCUUGAAAGAGUCAGUUUCAGUCAUGCAUAAUUGAAGAGCCUUUCUGUUCAAGUAACGUUCCAAAUUUGAGAGAAGAGUUUAGUUACUUGAAUAUUAAUUCCACUCUAUCCCCAUUGAAUUUUGUUAUGCAUGCUCUGAAGACUGGAAUUUAAUUUGGCAAACACAAAUAGGAUAUAGAUACGAAAUUAAACAUGUUAUAAUUAUCACCUGGGACAAACUCUGUCAAUAUAAGCAAUCUUCUUGGUCCAACACUAAUCAGUGGUUUCUAUAGUAGUUUAUUUGUAUUCCUUUGAUACACUAAGGAACAGAAUGUAUUUUCAAUUUUUCUAAAAGCUGUUGUAAUGAACCCAACCAUCAAAAUGCUAUUUCAGAACAUUAAAGGAGUAUCAC